AUGAUGGAGCUGAAGCAUUUCUGGAGAAACCUGAAUCUAGUCAGAAAGCUGAUGAGACUGCAAUCAGCAAUCAAUGCGGAGGUGGUUGGUCAGGCAGCCUCGGAAGUCAACCUGGAGGAAAUACUCAUAAGGAGCCUAAUUAAAAACGAAGUGCUAAAAAUCAAAGAAAUUUUUAAUUUUAUCGAAGGUCUAGAUGGUGAAGUCAUCCUUACUGGUGACUUCAACGCCAGACAUCCAAUAUGGGAGAGCGGGGCAAAGCCAUGUGUAAAAGGCAAGGUGAUAGCUGAAGAGGUUGUAGCAUCGAAAAUGGUGCUGCUCAACGACGGAAGACCAACAACGAUCCCACGCAUAAACGCAGAACCAACGGCGAUGGCUUCUGGAUACAUAGCGAGCAUCACGGAAUGGGAAGUAGUAGAAGAGGAGUUUGGAAGCUGUCACACGAGCAUAGUAAUGGACCUGCAACUAGACGUACCUACAGUGCCCGGAAAGCGAACCAAGGUGAACAAAAAGAAGGCAAUUGAGCUCCUAAACAGUAUACAACCCCAAUUUCUAUACAAUCCCGAAAAAAAGCAGAAUGUUUUCGAAGAAAACAUUAGAAAAGCCAGCUAUACCAUAACAAAUAAGAAAUCGAACUAUCUUAAGCGAUGGUGGAACCAGGACAUACAAUCAGCGUACAACGAAAAGAGGGAACAACUGAGAAUCUACAACCGGAACAAAACGCUGGAAAACCAACUUAAAAUGCAGAAGGCAAGGGCGGUGUUCAAGAGAACAGUAAGAAAGGAGAAAAGGAAACACGACACGGAACUAAAGGAGAAAAUCGACGAAUCGACGCCGGCUAAACAGAUAUGCAACAUCAUCAGAGGUCUAGAUACGGCUUUAACAGGCAACAAAAGAGGGGCGGACACGAACCCGUCUAAAGAGAUUGCAGAGAAGUUCAUAGGGAUGAACUACGAACAAAAAAAGGCGGAACUGAACACUCAUAAACUUAUCUUAGGACUGAGUACGGACGAGGAAGUAGAAGCACCACUCCAGUUCUCGGAAUUCAUGCGAGUUCUCAAGAGCAAGAAGGACCACUCGGCGGCAGGCAUGGACUACAUCUCGUACCACAUCCUGAAAGGAUUAAGAUGGGAAAUCCUAAUGGAAGUUUGCACACAGCUGGAUCGAGUCUGGAGAACCAACAACAUACCGAACUACUCGGCAAUAAGCUGUGUAAAUCAUGUAAUCAACUCGGUGAAGGAAGCCAAACAGGCCAAACAGUAUGCCUUAGCGGUAUUCCUAGAUCUGGACAAGGCAUUUGACUCGGUGAACUGCCAGACCCUACUAGCAACACUAGCACAGGAAAAAUACCAACCAAAGCUUUCGAAUGGAUAUUCGAGUAUCUGA